GGAUGUAUCACUCGCGCCUUUAACGCAGGACUGCUUAGCUCCCUCUGAAAGACGGACCAUGGGUUGGAAGGAGCAAGGCUGGAUCGCUUGUCUGAGUUUUCUCGGCUUUGUGCUCUCGGUACAGAGCAUAAGUCGAGACGAGCUUUUUCCUUUUGGUCCGAGCGCAAGAGACCAGUUACUGGAGCCAGGGAAUGAUCAGACGUACCGACUGGAUCUGAGCAAACCGGUGUUGUUUUAUGAUGGCACUUUCCGCAGCAUCUUUAUUAAUACCAAUGGGUUCGUCGCCACAAAAGAGCCAGAAAGCGAGCUGACAUAUCUUGGCAAAAUGCCCCCAAAUUUUGGCAUGAUUGCAGCUCUGCAAGGAGACCUGCACACGAGCGAUGGCGUGGGGAAAGUUUUCUUCCGAGAGGACUCCAGUCCUGAUAUUGUACGCCGCGCUGCUGAGCACAUCAACAGGGCUUUCCCUGAAGACGACGAAAUCAAUCCCACCCAUGCUGUGGUGGUCACCUGGGUUGAUGUCACCACCCAUGGACUUGAGAGCAGAGGAGAUAGCGGCAUCAAGAAGAGAAACACCUUCCAGCUGGUUAUUGCAUCUCUGGAGACCACCUCAUAUGCUAUUGUCCUCUAUCCAAGGGAUGGGAUAAAGUUUUCCUCCAUGCUUGUGGGAGACACUAAUGUAAUCAUGCAUGCUGGUUUCAGUAAGGGUUUAGUCCAGGGUUUCUUCAGUUCCAGCAAGGGACCAUACUACCGCACCACCAAUGAUGACGAGCAGUCCGUGAGGGCUUUAGCAGAGGAGACGAACUCUGGCCUGAGGGGUGUAUGGGUGUACGAGAUUGGGACUUCUCCCUAUUUUAGCAACGUGGCUCCAGGUGAGGUCCCUGAGCUGCCCACUGAGGCUCCACCACAAGAAGACGCUGACGCUUAUGAGGAGUCCAGCGCUGCAAGGAAGCCGUUGUACACUGACGGACAAGUGGUAGCCUACCCUCCUUAUCUGCGGGAACAGACUGAAGUCCACCCAGUUCAGUUCCAACCACAGAACCCGGAGGUGGUGGAGGUGGAUGAUCCAAUUAUAAAUGUAGAUGUGUUCUCGUACAACCUUGGCAGCUGUGCAAACAACAGAAAUAAAUGCUCCAAGUUUGGUGAAUGCAGGGACUAUGCCAACGGAUACUGCUGCCAUUGCAUCUCUGGCUUCUAUGGCAAUGGGAUACAGUGUGUGGCAGAAGGAAAGCCACAGAGGGUAAACGGCAAAGUACACGGAAGAGUGUUUGUGGGCAGGUCUCCUUCUCCGGUGGAGUUCGCCAACAUCGACCUCCACUCUUAUAUUGUUGUGAAUGAGGGUCGAGCCUACGUCGCCAUCAGUGACCUCCCGGAGACUGUUGGGCCCUCGCUGGAGCCCCUGGUGUCAAUUAGUGGUGUGAUUGGGUGGGCGUUUGCUCUGGAGCACCCGGGCUUCAAGAACGGCUUCAGCAUCAUCGGGGGGGAGUUCACUCGGCAGGCUGAGGUGACCUUUAUGCCAGGGAAUGAAAAGCUGAACAUCAGGCAAGAGUUUAAAGGCAUCGAUGAGCACGACCACCUGAUUGUGAGCACCAACCUGGACGGCCGGGUGGCCGAGGUGCCUCUUGGCUCCACCAUAAAGCUCGACCCGUAUUCUGAGAUCUACCAGUACAACAACAACUUGAUCACCUCGUCGUCCACUCGGGACUACGUAGUGACUCUGCCGGAUGGAUCCAGGGAAACCAGGAGAUAUCAGUGGCGUGAGACCAUCUCCUUCAACGGCUGCUAUCAUAGCGAGACUUUGAGAGACAUGAAACCUACACAGAUGCUAAACGUGGACCACAUUUUUGCCACUUACGAUCCUGGACAACAACUCAUCCGGUUCGCCCUGACCAGCAAGAUCGGGGACAUCAAUGGAGGGCAGCCGGAGCAGAACCCAUGCUUAACCGGAAGACACGGAUGUGACACGAAUGCUGUUUGCAAAGUCGGAGAGGGAGCAGCGUUCACUUGCCAAUGUGCUGCUGGUUUCAGCGGCGAUGGACGCACAUGUUAUGACAACGAUGAGUGCAGAGAGGAUCCUCAACGCUGCGGCCCUAAUGCUAUCUGCAACAACCAGCCCGGGACCUUCCGCUGCGAGUGCGAAGAGGGGUAUCAGUUCGGUAGUGACCAGAGAACCUGCAUUAAGGUUGAUCGACCUGUGGACCACUGUGAGGCAGACACCCAUACCUGCUCACCCCACGCUCAGUGCAGCUACACCGGAGGCUCGUCCUAUGUCUGCACCUGCCUACAAGGGUUCAUGGGAGACGGUAGAAGCUGCCAAGACAUAGACGAGUGUCAGCAAAGCAGGUGUCACUCAGACGCCGUGUGUUACAACACUGAGGGAUCCUUUACCUGCCAGUGCAGGCCGGGUUACAGCGGCGACGGUUUCCAGUGCCUUCCUGGGAGGCCAAAAACACGAUGUGAGGUUCACAGAGAGAGCGUCCUGGGUGUGUCUGGCCCACGGGGGCCGCGGCCUCCGAUUGGCGCUUACAUCCCCACGUGUGAUAACAAUGGUCAAUAUGAGCCCAUGCAGUGCCAUGGAAGCACGGGACAGUGCUGGUGCGUGGACCAAAAUGGACAGGAGAUCUCGGGGACUCGCACCGGACCUGGCAGCAGACCGAUGUGUAUCGACCACAAUACUGGGCCGUCGCCCAUCGGACCCCGGCCACGGCCCGAUGUGGACGCCCUGACCCCAGGAACACACCUGCUGUUUGCCCAGAGCGGCAGGAUAGAGCACGUUCCUCUGGAGGGUUACGACAUGAAAAAGAACGAUGCCAAGCCCGUCCUCCACCUGCCUGAGAAGGUCAUCAUUGGUGUAGCCUACGACUGUGUGGAGAAAAUGGUGUACUGGACAGAAAUCACGUCUCCCUCCAUCAGCAAGGCCAACAUCGAGGGGGGAGAGCCCACUUCUGUCAUUAGUUCAGGUUUGGAAAGCCCAGAAGGGAUUGCGAUCGACCACUUGGGUCGAACAAUGUUCUGGACGGAUUCCGCUAAGGAUCACAUCGAGGUGGCGUCUCUGGACGGGUCUAACCGACGUGUCCUCAUAAACACCGACCUCGUCAACCCCCGAGCCAUCAUCGCUGACCCUUCCAACGGUAACCUAUACUGGGCUGACUGGAACCGUAAAGCCCCCAAGAUUGAGACAUCUUACAUGGAUGGAUCCAACAGACGGGUGCUGGUUAGAGACAAUCUAGGCCUGCCAAACGGCUUGACUUACGACCCUCACAGCUCACAGCUUUGCUGGGCAGACGCAGGCACGCAUAAAAUGGAGUGCAUGGAUCCGGGUCGGGGUAGUCGCAGUACGGUUUUGGAGAGGAUCCAGUAUCCUUUUGGAAUGACAGCUUUCGGGAAAAACAUCUACUACACCGACUGGCAAAGGGAUGCUGUGAUUGCAGUGGACCGCUAUGCCAGCAGGGAGUCAGAUGAGUUCCAGCCUCAGAAGCGGACCAGGUUAUACGGGAUCGCCACAGCCUAUGCCCAGUGUCCUGCAGGACAAAACUACUGUUCUGGAAACAACGGUGGCUGCUCCCACCUCUGUUUAGCAACACCAAACGGCCGUUCCUGCAAGUGUCCCGACAACGCGGCUCAGGUGGGCUGCGUCGAGAGAGAGUACUGAAAGGAGACGUCCGGUGCUCCCGGAGUGGACAAGUUUUAAAUCCGGAGCCACUCAGCAUGACUAAAUUCUAACUGCUGCAGAACCAGAACCGCCUCUGAAAAGCAGAGGUGAACUUACUGUGCCUUUUUUUUUUCUACUGCUCACUGUUAUUGUUACCUACAUUUUUUUGUGUGUGUUACAUUUCCCAUUUAUAAAAUCACAAUGAACUGUAAGUAGAAGCACUACCAUGGUGACCUUUUUCCUGAGUGCACAAAAACUGAGAAUGAAGCUCGAGGGAAUGCGUAAUUCUAAUGUGAACUUUAUCAGAGCGGUAGAUGACGUCAUCUCAUGCACUACUGCACACUGAACCUGGGCUUUUUCUCAUGGAAGUGUUAUUGUGGAACAGGGUG